GGCCAGACAGCCCGGGGACACAGAGUUCCAUCUUUGGUCUUCUCUUCCUCAUCUACAUACUCCUCCUUGGCGGCAUCAUCUGCAGGCAUGGGGUCCACUUGAAUAUGUUAAAUAUCAGGAGAAGUGAUUGGCUUUACACUGAACUGUAUGUGACUGUCCUCACCUGAAGGUGUAGCGUUUGGAUGACUUGAAUUCGGCAACAUGCCAGCAGCAACAGUAGAUCACAGCCAAAGAAUAUGUGAAGUCUGGGCUUGUAACCUAGAUGAAGAGAUGAAGCGAAUACGUCAAGUUAUUCGGAAAUUCAACUAUGUUGCAAUGGAGGCAAUGGCUGGGUUAUAUGACACAGAAUUUCCAGGUGUUGUAGCACGACCGAUUGGCGAAUUCCGAAGCAAUGCAGAUUACCAGUAUCAACUAUUGCGUUGUAAUGUAGACUUACUGAAGAUUAUACAGUUGGGGCUGACAUUUGUGAAUGAACAGGGCGAGUAUCCUCCAGGAACGUCGACAUGGCAAUUCAACUUCAAAUUUAAUCUUACAGAAGAUAUGUAUGCUCAAGACUCUAUAGAGUUGCUUACAACUUCAGGGAUCCAGUUUAAGAAGCAUGAAGAAGAAGGCAUUGAAACCAUGUAUUUUGCAGAACUCCUUAUGACAUCUGGUGUAGUGUUGUGUGAAGGAGUCAAGUGGCUUUCAUUUCAUAGUGGUUAUGACUUUGGCUAUUUGAUCAAAAUACUCACCAAUUCCAAUUUACCAGAAGAAGAACCAGACUUCUUUGAGAUUCUACGCUUGUUCUUCCCUGUAAUUUAUGAUGUGAAGUACCUCAUGAAAAGUUGCAAAAAUCUUAAGGGUGGUUUGCAGGAAGUAGCUGAACAAUUGGAGUUGGAGCGAAUUGGGCCACAGCAUCAAGCAGGUUCAGACUCACUGUUAACAGGAAUGGCCUUUUUCAAAAUGCGAGAGAUGUUCUUUGAGGAUCACAUCGAUGAUGCCAAAUACUGUGGUCACCUGUAUGGUCUCGGCUCAGGCUCAUCAUAUGUACAAAAUGGGACAGGGAAUGCAUAUGAAGAAGAAGCCAAUAAGCACCAGCCUUGACCUGAAGUGAGGAGAUUAAUUUUUGGGCCACAUAAUACUGGAUCUGAUUUUUAUCUGUGUCUGAAUCACUCAGACAAUAAGGUUUAUCCCUGUUUCUGAAAGUUACCUGCCUUUUCCCUGUUCUUUCUGUUCACUACACUUGUGCCAAGAGCUUGCAGACAUUCUUGAUAAGAAAACACAAUGUAAGUAUAAUUCGACCAGUUCCGAUUUAGGAAACCUUAUGUUAGCGAAGAAAAUGGGAAGNAAAAAGCACCUGAUUGGAUUUUCACGCCGUUAUUUUUUUCCCUUUUUCUUAAAAAGUAUGCAAUAAAUAUCAACUGGUUAUUUACCAUUCCCAUUUAAUAUGUGGCGUUUAAAAUGAAAAGAACAGGAGUUUUAGCUAUUCAGGAUUGUGGACCAUCAAAUUUGCACUUUAGAGAGUGACUGGUUCCUCUAUUUUAUGUGAAUUUUUGCUGCUUCUUGUUCUCACAAGUGAGAUAAGAAGGCCCAGAAACUUGAACUACUUCACACCAUUGGGUUGCUGUUGGUGGAUUCUCCCUGCCCCUGGCUUCCUGUGACAGCAUCUCCACUUCUGGUUUGUGACGGCAAAUCAUAUUACCGACGCUCUUGUAUUUACUGCAGCUAAAGAAGAAGGCCUGUGAGUGUUGCCUUACAAUAUUCCAUUUUACAUCUUCUGGACAUGUAGACAGCUCUAACAUAUCAAAGUGCAGCUAGCUGAACCAAAACCAGCAUCACACACACAGCAUCUCUGUUACUAUGUCCAUUUAGUACAUUUAUUCUGAAUUGCAUUGCUGAAAUAAGAUUUGAAUGAGAUUAAUUAUAUCCUAAAAUUUAUAUUGAUCACAUCUCAGCACUGAUGUAAUUCGUGCUAUUCUGUGUAUGUGAUGCAAUCAUACUUAUGGUAAAAUAAGCUGUUGUAUUGAACUGAUAGAUGUUCUCUUUGAGAAUUUGGAAACUCCACUGUUUAUUAGAAAAACCAACAACCAUACGGAAGAUAUAGUUUCUUUCGUCUCAAUGGCAGUAGUUAAUCACAGCAGUGUGUGGGCAUUUUUCUUACUCCAAAAGUAGGCUUCCCUGGGCUUUAGCAAAAGAGGCAAUGUCUGACUUGCAAAGGUUUUUUUUAAGCUUCACAUGUUUUCCUUUCAUUAAAUCUUAUUGUUCAAAACCAACCUUUUUCUUACCUAAUAAUUGCAUUUUAACCAGUGUUUUUAUUGUUUUCUCCCCACUUUAAUGUCAUCCUCCUCUUAACUGCCCAGUGGGCAAACGGGCAUAGAUCCUUUCAAUCCAGUGGUAUUCCAUAGAUCGACUGGAGGGAGUCACGCAUUCACAAAUGAGGGAAGAAAACCUGAUGCUUUUUCCAUGAUGUCAUUGCACCCUAGUGGCCUAAUCUUGAACUGGCAAAAUGUAUCACCCUUUUACAUGGGUUAGAAUGCUGGUCUGUAAAUUCAAUCUUUGACCAUUGAUAGUGACAGAUACAUCUUAAUGUGGCUGAUUAACAGUGUGUUGCAGAGAUUGAUUGUAAUACUGGUUGGAAUGUAAUAGUAAGACUAUUGCACAAUUUGAUUCAUGAAAAUGCAUACUUUUGACACUUUAGUACAACUGUUUUAUUUAACAUUUUCCUCUGUAGCAUCAAAUUAAGUGAAAUUUUAAAAUCUUUGAAAAGGCAAAUUGCCNUUUUUUUCAGUAUUGCAAAUGCGCACAUAAGUUAUCCAGGAGCAGCAUUACAUAGGUGUGUUAAUUGAGCGUGAUGCUGGUUUUGAUGCAGCAUGACUUGCUAUGCAACCCCUUUAGUAUAUUGUAUAUUGGCUGGAAACACAAUGUAAUAUAUUGUCAAGUCCAAUGCAGUGUAUUCUGCAUGCCUUUAGAGCAACUGUGCUGGAAAACUUUUAGCUGAUACUUGCCUGAAACCAUCAAAUGCAUGUUGCAGAAUGUCGGUCCUUAUUAGAUUCAAAAGAGUUUGUAACAGGUCAAAAAUCUCCAGACCGUGUGACUAUAAUGUAAUUAACGUGUUCUGUUCUUUCAUUAAGUUACAGCACUGUAACUUGAUGGUCUUUUUUUAAAAAAAAUUAUGUGAAAAACAAGGUAUUAUUUGUUUUUAAACCUUUUUGUAAAUAAAGGCUUCAGAUUUGUUUCUUACA